AGUGCGGAAGUAGCCUAAAAUCCUAACGCAAGUCUCCAUAAAUCAACAACGGCAUCUGCUGAAGCACACUUUGAUAUCUGAGAAUCGUGCCAGUCUAGACGUCAAUUUGCAGGUAUUUGUAUCGUACACAGGCCAUGAUGUCAGAGGGAGUCGAAGACUCAUUUAAUCCCGUGGAAUUUGAAGUCGACAACGUGAAGUCCAGCGAUGGACCAGAGACACAUGAGCUUCCCGGUGGUGAGGUCAGUGCGCAUCUUGCCACCGAGGAAAAGCCGCUACCAUCAGCACCGGCCAUGUCCAAGUCACCAGAGAAACCAAAUCGAUGGGUCAACGCAGUGGAUCAGUUCAAGCACAAGAGAUUCUUCGUGUUGAGGCCUGGGACUUUAGAUCACGCCAUAGAGGAAAUCAAAGGCCUCGUCAAUCGACAGCAGGAUGGACCCAUCAGUGGCAUCUGGCUCAUGGCUGAGGUGGACCACUGGAACAAUGAGAAGGAGCGUCUGGUUGUCCUGACGGAGAGGACGCUUCUGAUCUGCAAGUAUGACUUCGUCAUGUUCACCUGCGACCAGAUCCAGAGGAUCCCGCUGAACCACGUGGACCGCAUCACCCAAGGGCCCUUCUGCUUCCCCCAGCACUCCCUGCUCAAGAGAGAGGGCGAGGGCCUGCGUGUGUUCUGGGAUCGUUUGAGGGAGCCUGCCUUCUCAUCGCGCUGGAACCCCUUCUCAGUGGAUUACCCGUACAGCACCUUCACCCAACACCCCGUCUGCACCGUCAAUGAAAAGUUUGCAGAGCUGUGCAAGCUCCAGACCUUCCAGGAGCAGCUGACUGCAGGGGCCGAGCGAGCCCAUACGGAGAGCCCCGUCCCUGGGAAGGCCAACGGUGUGAUCACCCUGUACCAGCCCAUCCUCAUCGAGGCCUACGUGGGACUCAUGUCCUUCAUCAGCAACCAGAACAAGCUGGGUUACUGCCUGGCGCGUGGCAACAUCGGCUUCUGAACUUGGACACAAAGAAAGCAAGGUAACACUUAACUUGACACCGGUGUCAUACGCAUGACACAACAGUGUCAUAACAGUGUCGUGACGCAGUCAUGCAUGAUGUGUCAUAGACAUUAUGUCAAUGUCAUAGAUAUUUGUCAUUAAGUGACAUUCCGUUCUGGUGAAGACAGCCCUAACAAGGUCAACUUUUCAUGACCAUAAAACAUUUAUUAUUGAUAUCAUGUUUAUGACUCGCCCAUGACUGUGUCAUCACACUGUUUUGACACUAUUAUGACACUGUUAUGUCAUACGUAUGAAACUGGUUUCAAGUAAAGUGUAACCAAAAGCAGUUACACAGGGCUGUGCAAAGACCUUAGCAGGGGCUCAGGUAUUCAAAAGUGCACAUGUAAAAAAUUGGGGGGGAAUCCAAACAGCACAUCGACUGUAUUUAAAAGUGUAUUCAUAAUUGCAUCCUGGUAGACCAUACAUAGACUCUGUCUUUUUAAUUCUAAUUUCAAAAUAGUUUUUUUUUUUUUAAGUUUUUUUUAGAACUUCACUCCCGCAGUUAUCAAAAGGGCACUCUUGACAUUAAAGACCAAAAAGGUCAACUGCUAGAGCCCCUGUAGCACCGCUUCUUUGCACAUGUCUGCAGUUACAUGAGAAGAAUAUUUCGAUAUCAAACGGCGCAGUGGUAGUAUUUGGUUUGUGCUAGAGUCACGUAAACUCCAUGAAUAUUCCCGUUGCAGAAUGUUGUUCCAAACAUGUCAAUAUCGACCAUAUUCCAUGUGAAACUGCAAUACUCUGUGCAUGUAACUGUGCUCAAUGCAUCUUGGGACCAUACGUGGGUUUGUUUAUAUAUUUGGCCUUGCCACCUAGGUGAAGCUGCCACGGGCGACGUAUUGUAUCAUUCUUUUUUACUGUCUUUAAUGUGCAGAUUAAUUUUAAUUAUUGCAUGAAAUGGGAGUGACUCGUGUGAAAUGAUGUGCCUUUCUUCUUAGACAUUUUCCAGUCUCUAGUAAUACUAGGAAUGGACUAGUCAGCAGUGCUGUUGUUGAACUUCAUAAUCCUGUGAAAUCUGUGAUUAUGGCUAAUCCAAUGAAUGUAAAAAACGACAACAAAAAGAUCA